UGACAAAGCGGAAGGACAUAUUACUCGUACAACGGCGCAUGGGUCGAAAUAGGAAAAACAAAUGAACUAGAAUAUAGGCGAUGAAUUUUGGUGAUUUAAUUGAGGAAAAAUAGAGAAAUUUUAUUUUAAUUUAUUUUGUCAUACUGCAAUGGUGUCUCGGAGUGAUUUGGACGAAAUCCAAGCGCAGCUGAAAAUUUCUAUUCAGAACCAUCAGGCUUUAGUUACAUCCAUGAAAGAUGAACCACAGAAUGCAGAGCUGAAGAAAAAGCUCCAUGACUUACAGAAAGAAAUAUUUAUAUUGAGUGAGAAACAGAGGGGUAUAGUUCAGAAGCUAAGAUCGGAUAUUGUGAACAGGCAGCCAGAUCAACCAGCACAUGGCCAAAAAAAGUCCCCCGCUAAGUCCCAAGACUCCACACCCCAGCCAGCUCAAGUUGUGCCCCGCCCAAUUCAACCCAGACCAAUUCAGCCAGCACCUCCAAUGCAACCUAUAGUCCUUAGACAGCCAGUUCAGGCAAUUCAGCCCAAGCCAGUGAACGAGAAUAUCCCACCCACCCAGAGCCCAGGGGCCCGUGGGACAGUGGACAUUGCCCCUCAGAAACCUGGGUCACCUCCCAUCCGUGUACCAACCUAUCACAGGCCGUCAAUUUUACAAGGAAGCAAGUCUCCCAUUAGCAAAAGUCACCAUGUGACAUCAUCAUUCGUCAGAAAACCAUCUGACAGUGACGGCAAGGAGUUUACUAAACCACUGGAGAAAAAGCAGGUGUCUCUGGAAGAAAAAGAAAAACUUGCAUUUAUAGCUGCGUUAGAUUUAGUGACACAGGAGACUCUAAAAGAGUUACAAAAUCGGCGUUAUGAGAGGAAAAGAAGAACUACUGCUAACCCACUGUAUAAUUUUGAGCCAGAGAGAAAAAGGCCACAGAGUUUGAUGUUGACUUCCUCUGUAUCAAAUCCAACCAAUGGAAAGAGGGGACGAGGUCGUCCCCCUAAGACCCGUUCUCCCAACAGCAGUAUUCCUACGACCCCCGACAGUAUUGAUGGCCACAACCUAAACGGGCUGACAAGACCUAACAAUGAUGUCCAUGAUGACUUCUGUGGGGUGUGUAACCAGUCAGGACAGCUCCUUUUGUGUGACACCUGUAGUAAAGUCUACCACCUCCAGUGCUUGGAUCCACCCCUCAGCGCAAUCCCAGAGGGCAGAUGGAGCUGUCCAAAAUGUCAGGCAAGUGGAAAAGUUGGAUGGUCAUCAGAUGCGAUAGCCAGAGUAAACAACUUUAUCACAAGCAAAUCAGCUAAAGAAGAAGAAAGAAGAAGAUUGCAGAGAAGAAACAGUGACUUGUUGACUGAGAAAACUCAGCUAGAAAAUAAAAACAAGCAGAUAAAUGACAGUCUCACGGUUCAGAUGCAGAGACGAGACAGUCUUCUAGAGAUAAAUAGACUACACCAACAAAAGAUUGAAAGCCUCAAAAACUUCAUCAAGCUGCUUCAGAAUUCAUAAUAAGAAUUCUCAUGUGUUACAUAACAAGAGAGAUACACGAUGUUGAACACCUGGUCUUAAUCUAGAACAAGAGGAUCAAUUAUGCUGCAGGUCUGCAUCGAACCAUUUUCUUUUCUUAAUACAAGAUUCACCCACAGCACACCUACAGCAAAGAGUUGGGAAGAUCAUGGAUUAAGUAGCUGGUAAUGCUACAGGUAGCAUUUACAAAAUACUUUCCUCAGAAAUUAGGAGUAAAUGAAUUGAAUGUUUUGUCUAAUUUUGAUAAACUUAGAGCUAUUUCGAUUUUUAUACCAUUACAGUAAGGAUAUUUCCAUAAGCUUUACAUAUGAACAUGUUGUGAUAAUUAAACUCUCAGUGAGCUACUUGUCUUAUAAGAUGUCAUACAAAACUAAUAUACAUUCAUGUUUGGAGAGUGAGUUUAUUUUGUAUGUUUUUCUUUUCUUUUCUGCAUUCUUACAAACUAGGUCUUAUUUACUAUUGAAGUUAACUUUGUGAUAAGGGGAAAUUUAUUUUAAGACAAUUUUUUUUUGGGGGGGGGGAUAGCUAGCAUGUUUCCUAUUGCAGUUUGAAAAUAAACCGUGAGGUAGGGAAAUAAAUUUUUAUUUUAACAUUUUUGGUUGUUUUUAAAUGCCUAUAUCUCAUUAAGAAAACAAAGAUAAAAAAUGAACAUAUUUAUUUCACAAUUGAUAAAUAAGGUCUACAACUUAUGAUAAUAUCUUUCAUUGACGUGGAUGUUAGGGGGUCAUUGAUCACAGAUAACAAAGAUAGUGACAGAUUUAUUGGGUAUUAAUGAUGACAGAACCAUUUUCUCCUCAUGCCAGAGUAAGAUAGAUAAUUAGGAUGAUAAUUUUUAAGGGAAACUCCAUAAAGGUUGCUCUCAAAAAUUAAAACACAAGAGUCAGCAGACAGGGAACAGAAAAUGCACUAUUCUUGUCCUAAUUUGGAAAUGCAAUGUUAAUUAUGGUAUCAUAUACAUUGUAUAGCAUCAUAUCACCCCACAUUUUUAUACAUGUAUGUUGUUGAUUUUGAAUUUGAGAGGUUGUCUGUGUUUUGUUAUGUUUGUCAUUCUAUAAUCAUAGAUCUGUUAUGGCCGAGUAUUGUACGAUGCAGAAAAUGGAGUGAAAUGUGAUAUAGCAUUUAUAUUUACCCUAAUGUGCAAUUUUAUCGUGUAAUUACACUGUAGGUUAGCUAGGUCCUGCAUGUUAAUUUAUAAUACAAAAUGUAUGUGGAAAAAAAGUAAGGAGAAUAAAAAAAGUCCAAAUUACGA